AUGAGCUCCUUCGACCUCCCGGCGCCCUCCCCACCUCGCUGCAGCCCCCAGUUCCCCAGCAUCGGCCAGGAGCCCCCCGAGAUGAGCCUUUACUAUGAGAACUUCUUCCAUCCACAGGGCGUGCCCAGCCCUCAGCGGCCCCCCUCCUUCGAGGGGAGCGGCGAGUACGGGGCCACCCCCAACCCCUACCUCUGGCUCAACGGACCGGCCAUGACUCCGCCACCCUACCUGCCGGGCACCAACACCAGCCCCUUCCUGCCCCAGGCCUACGGUGUGCAGAGACAGCUGCUGCCGGGCGUGUCUGGGCUGGGGGGCGGCGACCUGGGCUGGCUGCCCAUCCCCUCGCAGGAGGAGCUGAUGAAGCUGGUGCGGCCCCCCUAUUCCUACUCGGCUCUCAUUGCCAUGGCCAUCCACGGGGCGCCCGACAAGCGCCUCACCCUCAGCCAGAUCUACCAGUACGUGGCCGACAACUUCCCCUUCUACAACAAAAGCAAGGCUGGCUGGCAGAACUCCAUCCGCCACAACCUGUCUCUCAACGACUGCUUCAAGAAGGUGCCCCGUGACGAGGACGACCCGGGCAAAGGGAAUUACUGGACCCUGGAUCCCAACUGUGAGAAGAUGUUCGAUAAUGGAAAUUUCCGCAGGAAGAGGAAGAGAAAAUCAGAUGUUUCCUCCAGCACGGGAUCCUUGGCCUCGGAGAAAACAGAGAGCAGCCUCCUGGCAGGCAACCCAAAGACCACAGAGACCCAGGACAUCUUAGACAGUGCUUCCCCAGGCACCACGAGCUCCCCGGAGAAGCAGUCCUCACCUCCCCCAUCGGGUACCCCGUGCCUCAACAACUUCCUCUCCACCAUGACAGCCUAUGUGAGCGGCUCGAGCCCGGUGAGCCGCCCUGUGGCGACACCGGGACUGAGCCCUGAGCCCACUGACAAGAUGGGGCAGAACUUGCUGAACUUCAGUUCCUACACCCCACUCUCCAACCUCAGCAGCCAUGGGGGCGGGGCCGAAUGGGCCAACCCGGUGCCCACCAAUGCUCUCAGCUAUGGAGGCUCUGUCCUCAACCAGUUUAGCCCUCAUUUCUACAACAGCAUCAAUGCAAACAGCAUCCUCUACCCCAGGGAGGGCACUGAGGUUUAGAACAGAACAGCUCUGGAACCACAUGGACAUGCAGAGGAGGAAGGCUUUUGAGGCCUUCCAUGCCAGCCUCACUGUGCUUCAAGAUGCUCAACUGCCCAGACGUACACAGGAAGCUCAGAGGAAUUCACCCUUUUCCUAGAACAUUGUGUAAACCUUCUGUUUAUCUCACAUACAUCCACACACACACUCAUCAACUUUGCAGUGGAAGAAAUGCUGGUGCGUGAUAACGGUCAUCACGGCAGCCAUUUGUUGAGUACUUACUCUGUGCCAGGUGCUGUACUAGGUUCUUUAAAGGCAUAAUCACACUUACUAUUUACAGUCACCCUGUGGGGUUCAUAUGAACCUCCUCGUUUAACAGAUGAGGAAACUGAGGCUCUAGGAAGCUAAGUAACUUUACAGGACUAUUACUACGUGACAGAGUCAUGAGUCAAGUCCAGGUCUAUAUGACCCCCAAAGUUUGGGUGAACAAGGACAGGAAUGGAGGAAUUGGUUGAGUAGUCAGGGAAGGUCAGUGUGACAGCUGGUGAUGGCAACCACAGCCACUUCCUUCUGGCUGUCCAUCAAAAUUUAGCCCUAGCCCCAGGCACACCUUGUCCUGCCCCAAGUCCCUAUUCUGGGACUCCUAACUUACCAAUAGACAUUUCUUUUGCUGUCAUUCAGGAGGGAAACCCAAGCUCAUGACCCUGAAGGGUAGAGUGUCCCGCCUCUCCCCACAGGGGGACAUCACUGCCCCAGCCCCAGAGACCUUGAACAGGGCAGGGAGAGGAACGAUGUACGCCAUGCCCCCUACCCCAGCACUGUCCACUUACAAAAUCUUGUAAAGCCCAGCUUCCUGUGUUCACGUCAUGGACCAGUGAGCUGAAAGUGGCUGAGUCUUCCAAGAGAAACAAGGCUGAAUGAGCGCUUCCUUUUUUAUAGCCUGGGAGAGGUGAAUGAGAAAAACAAUGCCUCAAAGGAGGGAGCUGUAGCCCACUGCACAGGGGUCCAUGCCUGCAGCUCCUGGGACUUUUUUCUUGUUUUUAUAUGUAUUUACACACCCGUGAUGUGCAUCACAGCAUA